CGCACACACGUAUAUGGGAGCGUUGUGAUUCGGUCGCGUCGCGUCGCGCGCGAUAGAGGUGAGCCGCGUCGCGUCAGAGCGCUCAGACACGCCGCGUGAGCUGGACGGGACCUGUCUCUGGAAAGCUAUCUGACUCACGAGCUACAUUCUGUUCGUUUGCUGGAAUAUCGCUGGGACAAACAAAAUAAAUAAUGCUUUAAAAUGAUCCCACUGUUGAACGUGAGGUUUACGAAGAUGAUUCUGUUCCGUGAAUUGGGAAUCGCCUGCCUUUUGCUGAUAAGCGCGGUGCGGUGCUCCGUUUCUGAGAGGAAAGUAUGUCAGGGAACCAAUAAUAAGCUGACUCUGCUGGCACAGCCGGACGAUCACUACAAAGCCAUGGUGCGGAUGUACAGCAACUGCACAGUUGUUCUGGAGAACCUGGAGAUAACCAACGUUCAGGAGUACCACGACCUCUCCUUCCUCAGAAGCAUUGAAGAAGUCGGUGGCUACGUGCUAAUAGGAAUAAACUACGUGGACGUUAUACCCCUGGAAAACCUGCGCCUCAUUCGAGGGCAUUCUCUCUUCGAUGGCAAGUACGGCCUUGCUGUGGUGGCAAACUUCCACAGGAAUGAGUCUGUAGAGAUCAACAGCAUCACCAGCGGCCUCCGAGAGCUGCGUAUGAGAAGCCUCACAGAAAUUCUUAAAGGUGGGGUUAAAAUAGCCCACAAUCCUUUGCUUUGCAACGUGGAGACCAUCCAGUGGUUGGACAUUGUGCAGGAUGGCAGUAAUGUGAAUGUGUCUGGAGGAACUGGCCCUCUGUGCAGACGAUGCGACUCGGGGUGUUUUAAUGGAUCGUGUUGGGCUCCAGGACCAGAGAACUGCCAGACCUUUACUCGGCUGAACUGUGCCGAGCAGUGCUCACGGAGGUGCAAGGGUCCCAAACCCAUCGACUGCUGCAGUGAACAUUGCGCUGCAGGCUGCACCGGUCCCCGACCAACAGACUGUCUGUCCUGCAGAGACUUUCAGGAUGAUGGGACGUGCAAGGAUUCGUGUCCACGUCUUAUGCAGUACGACCCCAACACUCACCAACUUGUUCCCAAUCCUAACGGGAAGUAUAACUUUGGUGCCACCUGUGUGAAGAAAUGCCCUUAUAACUUUGUGGUGACCGAUCACGGAGCCUGUGUUCGUACCUGCAGCAGUAACAUGCAUGAAGUGGAGGAGAACGGAAUAAGGAAGUGCAAACAAUGCGACGGCUUGUGUCCGAAAGUCUGUAAUGGCCUUGGAACGGGAGCGCUAGUUAACACCAUCGCAGUCAACGCCACCAACAUCGACUCAUUUAUCAACUGCACCAAAAUAAAUGGGCACAUUACGAUAAUGCAGAUGACUUUUCAAGGGGAUGUUUUUACAAAAACUCCAAGCAUGGACCCUUCAAAACUCGACUAUUUCAAAACAGUGAAGGAAAUUUCAGGGUUUCUGCUAAUCCAAGACUGGCCUGAACACCUCAAUUCACUCAGUCCCUUUGAAAACCUGGAGAUCAUCAGAGGAAGAACUAAACACCAAGGCACCGCCAGUUUUGCAGCUUUGAACAUACCUCACCUGGAUUAUCUCGGCCUGCGUUCCCUGAAGGAGAUCAGCGAUGGCGACGUGGUGCUCAAGAACAACCCCCGCCUCUGUUACGUUAAAGGCACCUACUGGCUGAAGCUGUUCAGAUCAGCAAACCAGCGCAUACAAAAUAGAAGCAAUGCAGAAGAGCGCAUCUGUGAGCAGCAGAACAGUACCUGUGAUCAUAUGUGUGGAGAUGAAGGCUGCUGGGGUCCGGAGCCCAACAUGUGCAUCUCCUGCCAGCACGUCAGCCGUAGGGGGCGCUGUGUCAGCCACUGCAACCUGCUGGAUGGAGACCCCCGUGAGUACAAGUCAGAGAAUUUGUGUUUGGAAUGUGACUCUGAAUGCAAGAUCCUGAAUGGGACGCCGAGCUGCCACGGGCCGGGAGCUGAUCAGUGUACUCGGUGUGCUCACUUCAAAGAUGGGACACACUGUGUGGCACAGUGUGCUCAAGGUGUGCAAGGCCUUAAUAACAGGCUUGUCUGGACAUACCCAGACAAAAACAGACAGUGUCAGACAUGCCAUGCUAAUUGCACGCAAGGGUGCAGUGGACCAGGACUGGGAGGUUGUGAACCAAAAGGCUCUAACAUGCCUGUAGUGGCGGCUGGCAUUGUCGGAGGAAUGCUGUUGAUUAUGGUCCUCCUCCUUUUCAUCUUCAUCCUCUUCCGCCGAAGACACAUCCGACGAAAGAGGACCUUACGCCGCCUGCUUCAGGAAAGAGAGCUGGUUGAACCGCUGACUCCCAGUGGUGAAGCACCCAACCAGGCUCUCCUACGCAUCCUGAAGGAAACAGAACUGAAGAAAAUAAAAGUCCUUGGGGCUGGAGCAUUUGGCACAGUCUAUAAGGGUUUGUGGAUCCCAGAGGGUGAAGAUGUGAAAAUUCCUGUUGCUAUCAAAGUUUUGAGGGAGGUCGCAUCUCCCAAAGCCAAUAAAGAGAUCUUAGACGAGGCCUAUGUGAUGGCUGGUGUGGAUCAUCCUCACGUGUGUCGUCUGUUGGGGAUAUGCCUCACGUCCAACGUCCAGCUCAUAACUCAGAUCAUGGCUUUCGGGUGCCUGCUGGAUUAUGUUCGAGAGAAUAAAGACAAUAUCGGCUCACAGACCCUGUUAAACUGGUGUGUGCAGAUUGCCAAAGGAAUGAACUACUUGGAGGAGCGCCACCUGGUUCAUCGUGAUCUAGCGGCCAGGAAUGUGCUGGUGAAGACUCCGAACCAUGUGAAGAUCACCGACUUUGGCCUGGCCAGGCUUCUGGGAGCCGAGGAGAAGGAAUACCAGUCUGAUGGAGGAAAAGUUCCUAUAAAGUGGAUGGCACUAGAGUCAAUUCGUCACUGGACUUACACUCAUCAGAGUGAUGUUUGGAGUUAUGGGGUCACCGUGUGGGAGCUGAUGACAUUUGGAUCCAAACCAUACGAUGGAAUCCCAGCCAGAGAGAUUGCAGAUAUUCUGGAGAAGGGAGAGCGUUUGCCACAGCCGUCCAUCUGCACUAUAGACGUCUACAUGAUCAUGGUCAAAUGUUGGAUGAUCGACGCUGACAGCAGACCUCACUUCCGCGAACUCGUGGCAGAGUUUUCAAAAAUGGCCCGGGACCCAUCUCGCUACCUCGUCAUUCAGGGAGAUGAUCGCAUGCCCAGCCCGACUGAUUCAAAGUUCUGCAUGUCGUGGAUCAGUACCGAAGAUAUGGACGGUGUGAUAGACGCAGAGGAAUACCUGCUGCCCAACAAACAGUUCUUCAACCGAUCACAAGCACCACCGACCCCUCAGUAUCACAAUGCAGCAGACAACUACACGAAUGGUGUGAUGCUACGCUACAUUACAGACCCCACGCUCAAAGACCUCAUGCUGCCAGAGUACAUUAACCAGGAUGUGACCGCAACAAGCAAUAUGAUAAACCCGAACUACGAGGGUCCGGCAGAAAACGGAUACAUAGACACGUACAGCUGUAAACCCGACGGGCCGGAGUACCUAAACACGUCCUGCGCCACCCUGCCACGCUCCCCCGGCGCCAGCCUCGAUAACCCCGACUACCAGCACAACUUCCUGCCCUCGUCCACCACAGAAGUGCUUUUCCUCCCCACCACGGAGAACUUGCACUACCUGGGGCUCAGCGCAGCCAUGCAGUCUCACGUGCGCUAGGCCGACGGGAUGAAAGCAUGAACUUCUGGGAAACGUCCACGGCACGCGUCAGUACUGCAGCUAGUCCUCGUUCUUAAAGACAUGAAGCUGAGUAAUGUGUUGAAUGUCCAGCUAGAGCACAUUUCAGUGUUUCUGUGUGGUAUGGGUGAUAGCCGAUGCCUUCGGAUGUAGCUUAAUUUAUUGAACCUAAACUUAACUGAGCUGUUAAUACUUUAUGUAAUUAAACCGUCAUCGUUUUUACUGUGAUUUAGUCAUUAAUCUCGGUGAGUACAGUAGUUGGAGUGCUAAGCCAAAUAAGAUAGAUCGGACAAUCACAUGACUUGUUUUUUUAUAAAUAACUUCUUGUCUGUGAAAAUAGCGUCUUGGAAAAGUCACCAUAAUAGUUAGAUCCCCCAGUUUACUUCUGCGAUAAACAGUGUUCAAAAAGCUUGGGGUUAUCACGCAUCCAUCAUCAUUAUUAUUUAUUAAAUCUCACAUGUUACUCAAAAUUCUGAAUUAGCAUCUCAUGAUUCAGAUAUUACUUCCAAGUCAACAUCCUGCCAAUCUUUUAUAUAUAUAUAAAAAUUGCGAUACAAAAAAAAUAUUUUGCACUAUUACCGUUUUUAUUGUGUUGUCGAUCGAGCAAAUGCACUCUCGUUUAGCAUUCAAAUAAAACAUUAAAAUAAUCUUUUAAAACGGACGUUGAAGAUGAAAGAUUCGGACUCGGUCCGCCAUGAUCUUGAUUCCGAAAAAAGAAAAGAUUGUCAGCUGCCGUAAGUGAACUCUUUUUAAUGAAAUAUCACUAAAACAGCACGUUUUAGUGAAUGAAUGCGCAUUAGGAAGACUACAAAUGCUCUUUUUAAAUACAGUGUGAAAGUCUCUCAUCUCUACCGUAAUAACAGCAACAACAGAAAUGUAAAUAUGACAAUGUGCACGGUAAACACGUAUAUCAUUACAUACACAACACAUCAAAUUCACAAUCACCUGCGAGCGGACCAGAACUGACCUUUAACCCUGGACGGAGCUUAAUGGCCCCGCUAAUUAAUUUUUCAAGCGAGCGUCCACGUUUAGUUUAAAUAAUUUAACUGUUAUAUUAAUUGAAAGAAACGCUGUUAAGCUAAAAGGGUUUUCGAUGUUGAAAGGCUGCCUCGAUACUUUCUCAUUCCGCUUUAAACGGCUGAGUUAACGAAUCAGACGGCUUGUUUUGCGUCCCCUGUAACUAACACAUUCACCCAAGUGUGCACUUAUCACACAAUUUACUUCUACAUUUCAGGGGGAAAGGCCAUUGUGAUAUUUUAACUCUACAGGAUCUCAUUAAUAUUGAAUUUAAGCGUUACUUCAAAUUUGUCGGCCACGUCCACUUCAUUGCCUCGGUGAAAAUAUUGUUUUAAAAUGCAAGUUUUGACUGUGAAAGCUGUUCUACUUCAGUGCGACAUACCGCACAGACCGCAUUUAUGAUGUAAAUAUACUUCAUGUAGCGCAGUCCACCUGAGAUCUACUGUAUUACACAACUGUGAAUGUCAGUUUUUAGUAUUUUUUAGGCUUUGUUACAUUGCAGUGUUAUUAAAUUGUGUUGAAAUGAA